CAGCCCCUUUAAGCCAUGUUUCCUUUCAAAACUUUCAAAAGUAUUUGCUCUAGGGUUUUGUAUAACCAAGAGAGAGAGAGAGAAAGAAAUUACGGUAGAGAGAGGCAGGAAAGAGACACGACGGCGGCGAUUAGGGUUCCGCCACAAACACAACGACGGUGGAGACUGUGGUUGACGUCGCAAGCUCUGGUUCCAGCAAGAGAAGAAUGUCUGAUGCUUUUUCAGCAGAAUUCGGGAGAUGCGAUCCAAGAACUUGCAGGAAAGAAUGAUAAAAACUACAUCCAAGUAGCAGUUCUGCCAUAUUAUCAAAUUGACGCCUAUGUUUGCACCGCUACUAGACCAGGAAUAGGGUUCUGGCAACUCUUCAGUUUUCCGAUGAAGUUUCGGUCAAGUUUUGUUCUUCGACGAGGUUUCUGCCCAAGAUAACACCGGCGUGGUGGUUUUGACUGAUACAUUACUGAUCUCUAGCAUGUUAUAAAUAUAUUAAAUGUCCAUUCACCAAAUUUCCAAAAUCAUGUUCGUUUUAGACAGUCUCAUAAAAUAUUGAACCGUUUAUCUACAAACCCGACUCGGCUCUAAAGAGGGUUCUCUUUUUUUCCUGGAGAAAAGAACUAAAA